CCACCACAUUCCCUUCCCAAAGCCUCAUCUCCAACAAUGACAUCCCCAAACCCAAACCCCCGCGUCCUAGUAAUCGGCGCCGGCCCCAGCGGCCUCGCCAUCGCCCAAGGCCUCAAAAAAGCCAGCAUCCCCUGCACCGUCUUCGAACGGCAGCCCCAGAACCUCGAGUCCCGAGACUGGGGCAUGUUGCUCCACUGGGGCACGCCCUACCUGCUCAAAACCCUCCCGCCUGAGCUCCAAGCCCGCAUCCACGAACCCCGCGUCGACCCGCACUACGACUACUCGGAGCCACCGAAGCGGAUGAACAUCCAGACGGGCGAAGUCGUGGGCCGGUCGGUCGGCGAGAACCUCGUGCGCGUCUCGCGGCGGAAACUACGGAACUUCCUGAUCGAGGGCGUGGAUGUGCGGUGGGAGAAGCGGCUGGCGGACGUACGAGUGGGCGAGGGGGGUGUGACGGCUGUCUUCGAGGACGGGUCUGAAGAGGUAGGACAACUGCUCGUUGGUAGUGAUGGGGGACGCUCCAGAGUCCGGGAAGUGCUGCUGGGCGUUGAGGCCGCGAGGUCAGAGGAGACGCCGUUUACGAUGAUGAAUUUCUCAGAGGCGAAGUAUACGGCGGAGCAGGCGCGGUUUCUGAGAAGCGUGCAUCCGAUUGUGCAGCUGGGGUAUCAUCCGGGGGAGAAGUGUGUGGCUUUCCUCGCGGCGAUAGAUACGGCGGAUCCGGACCCGGCGGGGUGGAGGUUCCAGAAUUUCAUAUCGUGGGCUGGCCCGCCAUCGACUAAAGACCUCGAAGAUCCAAUGGCGCGAGCGCAUUUCUGGAAAGAGAAGGCGGCGAAUUUCUGCGAGCCGUUCCGUACCGCUGUGCUGAACAUUGAUGAUUCUGCCGUCCCUCCGAUUGACGCAUUGAAACAGUGGGCGCCCAGAUAUUGGGACAACCUCGGCGGACGGCUCACGCUCGCUGGAGAUGCGGCGCAUAGUAUGGUUCCCAAUCGGGGUCAGGGGUUGAAUAAUGCAGUGCAGGAUGCAAGUUGUAUAGUAGACGCCGUUGUCUCCGUUGUGAAAGGUGAGUCGACGCUGAAGGACGCGAUUGAUACGUAUGAGGCGGAGAUGAAACCGAGAGGAAAGAAAGAGGUGGAGAUGAGUUAUGAGGCUGCUAGGAUCACGUCGAGGCUGAUUGACGUGCCCAUGGGAUAUGAGUAUAACUUGGAUAAGGACUCAACGGCGAGGGGAGUGAAAGCUGCAGGUGGAAAGUCCGGCACAGGUUGGGACUGAGCCUACGAGAUUGUUCCUUAGGAGCUAGAUUGCAUGAAUUUACCUUUUCAGGAGCGGUGGUCAACGGCUAAGGAAAGGAAAAGAAACGAGAAUAUUAUAUAAUCUCCCAGCUAUGGGAAGCUCGUGUAACUGCUUCUAGGAUUAACAUCGACAUUGUUGGUCGAACAAGAUGUAAACCCAUUCUAUUAGAAUAAUU